UAUUGGGCACUUUACCUUAAGUCAUAUGACAUUCGACUACGCAGGACGGAAUUUUCUUCGCUGGUUGGUUCCUGGUUGACUACUUGUUCGGAAGAAAAAUCGGAUUGUUUGUCCCGGAUUGGCCCCAUCAGUGGAAUUCUCAAUCAUAGUUCGUUAGAGGACGCGUUCCGAAUACCACAGCAACACAAUGUCCGAAGUGCAGGAUUUAAUGUCGUCUCUACCAGAUGACAAAAUUGAUAUGAUAGCUGCCACCAGCGUUUUGCAGCAGCAGGCCGGAGAUAUCCGCCAGAACAAACCGAACUGGUCGUCCUACAUGCAGUCGCUGAUGAUCUCGCAGGAGGACUUCGCCUGUGUCAGUAGUUUGGACAAGGACAAAAAGUCGCAGGCCCAAUACUUGCGGGAAAACCCUGGCCAAUGUGCUAAAACCUUUCUGAAUCUACUCUCGCACGUAUCCAAAGACCAAACCAUCCAGUAUAUUUUGGUGAUGAUUGACGAUCUGCUGCGGGAGGACCGCACUCGUGUGCAAAUCUUCCACGAUUACGCCAACAAGCGAAAGGAGAGCGUCUGGGCGCCGUUUUUAAAUUUGCUAAAUCGGCAGGAUGGGUUCAUCGUGAACAUGGCAUCCCGGGUUGUUGGUAAGCUGGCUUGCUGGGGCCAGGAGUUGAUGCCCAAGUCGGAUCUGCACUUCUAUCUGCAGUGGCUCAAGGAUCAGCUGACAGUGGCUGCCCAAAAGCUGUUGAUAGAAAUUGAAGCGGCAGACCGAAAGCGAGCAAAAGAGGCAGCAGCGGCUCACCACCAUGGGCAUGGACAUCACACUCAUCACGGUGGUCUUGGCGACCAGCAGCACCACCAUCAGCAUCACCAGAUCCAGGAAAAAUACCGUGAAAUAUCGAGUGCCAUCGAUGAACCACGGCAGCGCUCGGUAGACGGAUCGCUGCACGUCUCCCUAACGAAUAACGAAUACAUUCAAUCAGUUGGCCGUUGUCUCCAGAUGAUGCUACGUGUGGAUGAGUACCGCUUUGCGUUCGUCACCGUUGACGGGAUCAGCACCCUGAUUAGUAUUUUGUCUUCGCGCGUAAACUUCCAGGUCCAGUACCAGUUGGUAUUCUGCCUGUGGGUUCUAACGUUUAACCCGCUGCUGGCGGAGAAGAUGAAUAAAUUUAACGUGAUCCCCAUUCUUGCGGAUAUUCUAAGCGACAGCGCCAAGGAGAAGGUGACUCGCAUUAUACUAGCGGUGUUCCGCAAUAUGAUUGAGAAGCCGGAGGACUCGCAGGUCGCUAAGGAGCACUGCAUUGCCAUGGUCCAGUGCAAGGUUAUGAAGCAACUGCAAAUUCUUGAGCAGCGUCGCUUCGACGACGAGGACAUUGCGGCCGACUUGGAAUUUCUCAUCGAGAAGCUGCAAAACUCAGUGCAUGAUCUGAGCUCGUUCGAUGAGUACGCGACCGAGAUCAAGAGCGCUCGGCUGGAGUGGUCACCAGUGCACAAGUCAGCCAAGUUUUGGCGCGAAAACGCGCAGCGUUUGAACGAGAAAAACUACGAGCUGCUGCGCAUUUUGGUCCAUUUGCUAGAAACAUCGAAGGACCCGCUUGUGCUGUCGGUCGCUAGCUACGAUAUUGGAGAAUAUGUUCGCCACUAUCCGAGAGGAAAGCAUGUUAUUGAACAAUUGGGAGGAAAGCAGCUCGUCAUGCAGUUGCUGGCCCACGAAGAUCCCAAUGUUCGCUACGAAGCUCUGCUGGCAGUGCAGAAGCUGAUGGUCCACAACUGGGAGUACCUUGGCAAACAGCUAGAGAAGGAAAACGAAGGAAAGGCUCCACAGACAGGAGCAACACUCAGCGGAAAAGCUUAGGCUGUUCACGUUUCGUUGGUUUUGUUUGUCCUGUUUCGUUGUUUUUUUUUUUCUUGCAAACCCGGUGCAUGUUUUUUCGCAUUCCUGUCUAUCGAAAGCUAUGCUAUUUUUUCUCCGAAAUAUUGUUUGUUGAGUCACGCUUGUAAUGAGCUAUACGUGGCGAAUUUUAAAGGCCCUCGCAAAUCGAUGGCGUUGUUCGUAUUUUAAUAAAAGAUGUAUUAUUGAUCAAUCCACAAAAAAAAAUCAAGCUUAAGUAUAAUCUAGUGUAGCUUAGAAUCGGUGGAAAGUGCGGUUUCUCGGUUCGCCUUCGAGCAACCAAAAACAGCACUCGACCUAGGUGUGUAACAGAAUGUAUUUACUAAAAUAAAUUACUAUCGUGUUAUCUGA